CACUGGUGCUUCUUCUUACAACUGACAUUGUUUACAAUUUUGUUAUUUUUACUUUAAACCACAAAGUACUAAAAUGAUGCGUAAAAAGCAUUUAACGCAGAAUAAUAAUUUAAAUAAAACAACAGAAAAUCGUAGUGCCAAAGUAACAGUGCAAUAUAUUCAAGAACAACAACAAUUAAUACAGAAAUCUGAUAACACUAGAGAUGAACAACAUAUGAUACAACCACUAGCUGCCGGUACUCAGGAUGAUCUUGAAAUAGAAAACGUAGAAUAUUUGGAAGAAACUCCCAAUGUAGAGGAAUAUAUAGAAGAGCCGAAUGAAAAAAAUGAUUUGGAAGAUAAUUUCUAUCCCAAUGCUAUACACUGCCUUUUGGAUUUGUAUAAAACUAAAUAUGAAGGUUUCAACCCAGAAGAUGGUUCGGUUAAAGUGAGUCAAAUAUGGCAUGACAUAGCCAAAGAUAUGCAAGAAAGUUUCUUUGAAUUUAAUGAACAUCAAAUACAGCACAAAUAUGCAAGUUUAAGGGAACAAUAUUUUAAAGUUCAAAGUAAAGAGGAUGUGGAACAUUUUGAUUAUUUCGAGCAGUUACAUGAAAUUUAUAAAGAUCCUGGAAAGGAAAAUAUUUUAAAAGGUUUAAGUGAUUCAAAAGAAGUUGGAGUUUAUUAUAAAGAUGAAAUAUUACUGCAGUUGGAGCAAUUAGAGAGUAAUGAAAAUCAAUUACAUGAUUUUAAAAGUGAGGAGAUUGUACAUAAAGAACAUGAAUUUAUAGAUAUGGUGGAGAAAGAAUUACAGGCGAUGGAAGAUGGUUUAAACAUAGAAGACAGUAAAGUAAUUGCUCAAGAAGAAGAAACAAGCAGAAAAAUUAGUACAGAUACUAAAAGUAAUAAAGCAACUCUAAUUUCACCUGAAGAUCAGCAAUCACAAGCUAAAAAAAGAAUACUGUCAGACACAGAACCUUGUUUAGAGGAGCCUGCACCCAGGAAACAAAGAUUAAAUGAUUACUACGAAAUCAAAGAAGUAUUAACAGAAACUCUUCCAAACAGUCCUAAAACAAAACAUGAUUUUACUUUAUAUCACUACAAUCAACAGCAAGAACGUAGACAUCGUGAAAAAAUGUCUUUAUUAGAGAAAAGUUUACAACUACAAGAACGUGCUCUGGAACAGCAAAAUCAAUUAUUACAAGAACUAAUAAAACGUUUGCCUUCAUAAGUUAA